AUGUCCGCCUUGAGUUCGGUCUGGUGGCCUCAGGAUCGCGUUGAGGCGACCAUCUGCCCCGACUUUAUCUUUAAGAACCUCCCUGCAAGCACCUUGCCACGUCUUGUUGCGCCUCUGCCAUGGGGGGAGGGGUUGACCAAUGAGACCUACCUCGACUGGAUCCUCGCCAAAGCCGGAAGGCUAUUCCUUAUUCUGCUUGAUAUUGGCAUUCCUGAGCGUAUAUUUCACCUGGUCGAUGAUUCAUUCGACGACAAUGAUCUUCCCAUUGCCGCCCAUAGUGUCGACCGUCUGCAGCUUUCUGCUGGCGAUGCGAAUCGCGAUUUGGACUCCAAGUUCUUCCUUGCGCAAUGGCGCUUCGUCGUGCGGGGCAUUGGCGAGGGAGACCACGUCAAGUAUACCGAAAACGAAGGCGUUCCAGUGGAAGCCUUACAGACCGGGACAGUGCUAGCAAAGGAGGGAGUCGAAAGAGUUGUUCUGGCUGGCGCAGUUUGCAAAAUCUACCUACGGACCCAGGUGACCAUUGGCGGUGCACCACAUUUCUUCGAGGAGGAUGAAGUGCUGGAGGAGAUCCGCUCUUUGAGACGAUUGGCCCAUGACCAUGUGUACUCCAUCUACGCAUCAUACUUUGUCGACAACACCGUCUGCAUUCUGUUCUCCGGUCUAUACGAACGGAACCUCAUGUCAUUCCUGACAGAUACCCCACAGUCUUUUAAAAAGCUUGCCAAAGAGCGACGUCGAGAGAUUCUUGUCAACUGGCCCCACUGUUUGGCUCAUGGGCUAUCCUGGCUGCAUGCGCAUGGCCAAGUCCACGGUCUCAUACGUCCUUCGAACAUACUCAUCGAUGCUGACUGGAGGAUCUUCAUUGGCCAGUUCGAAGCCCUGGAUACACUACUUCCACCAGUCAAGGUAGACGAUGUCGAAUCAUACCAAUAUGGCCCGCCAGAACGGUGGGUGCGCUCGAUCAGUGUUCAGAACAGCGGUCCUGCUGGUAGCAUGCUACCGUCGGGGGGUCGAACAGGUCGCAAGAACGAGGGUCCAACAAGGCUCAAUCUGGCUCGUCUCAAAGGACUCCGCAUCUCAGACACGGAGCCGUUGAGCCCUCCUCCGGAGUCAGUCGCCUCUCACGGCACAGUUAUUCGAGUUGGAGGCCAAGACACUUCUUCCAGGUACUCCAUGGGACUCUCCUCGUCCUCAUCAGGGUCUAGUAAUGGAAGCACCACUCGAAAGCGCGGAAUUUCCGUGAAACGUCCUAUCAUCUACACCCCAUCCAUUACCUCUUCGAACUCAUCCGGGUCCUCGGAAGACCGCGGCUCCAUGAUCUUGAACGCCGUCGGCCUUCCCACAGCACACAGCAGCGGCGGCGCCCUGGUCCAAGUAUGGCAGUCUCGCCAGACCGACCCGGAAGCAUCUGAUAUCUUCUCACUCGGCGCCGUAUUUCUAGAUAUCUUCACGUACCUAUGCAAGCGAAAGAUAUCUGCCUUUUCGAGCCAUCGUGGAGCCAAAAACCGGACAGCUGGCCGUGGCGGCGGCGUCGCGGACUGCUCCUUUCACCUAGACCGAAAUAUGGGCCAGGUGAGCUCGUGGAUUACGCUUCUCGACAGCGACGCGAAGAAGCGCAAAGAUCCUCUCUUCCAAUCAAUCCGACCUAUGCUCGCAAUGUCACGAGACAUGUUAAGUCGAGAGCCCUCGAACCGACCAUCUGCAUUCCAAGUUGAGCAGCUCUUCGCAUGCUCAAUCAAAAAGGCAGAGGGUAAAGCGUCACUGCACUGCUCAUCGAACAUCUAUCCGGGCCGUCAACGAGGACGACCUGAUCGAAUACCCUCGCCGAUAGACGAGCAACUGAUGGUACCGAGGAUAUCAUCACGGUCACGGUCACGGUCAGCCCAUCGAAAGACACCGAAGACACUGAAGAGUCCUAGAAGAGACUACUUCCAAGACGAAAAUGGCUUGUUAAGCCCGACACUCCCCUGCAAGACUUCAAGGAGCUACAUCAGUUCCUCAGACACCGAGUCCCAACAAACUAGCGACACCGACUUUGACCAUGAAUAUCCAAGACCACAAAAGCCGACCAAGUCACCGAGCAGGAAGAAAUCGAGCAGGCUUCGUGGAAUCUCCCCAGAUACGGGGACGAGCCCGGUGCUCUCGAAUGAUCCAUCAUGGAGCUACGCAACACCGUGGAUGAACUAA